ACGUGGCCGAAGGUCGAACGUCGGAGCGAUGGGGAGCGACAUAACCUCAAAAUGCAAAAAAUUGGAGAACGAGGAGUGGUUGAUCGAUCUUAAUAAAUAGUAUCCUUUGGAAGAAAGUCAGGUUUUCGAACGAUGUCCGACGUUAAAACAAUCGAAGGAAAAGGCAGGAGGAUUUGGCGUGGAAAUAAAACGUCGUCGCUGUCCGAAGAGGUUACACGUCGCAGAAUGUAGUCGAGUUGUUUACAAUUGAGGUCGAUUUGUCAUUUAAAAUUUAAUCUUGAAUAGCGAAAACGAAAGGAAAUACGUUUCCUCGUUCCGCUAGAAGAUACGCAGGCAAGUCGCAUCGGGUAGUCGAUAGGAAAAUAGCUGAUGUUUCUUGGAAUGCUUCUGUGAGAUAUCGUUACGUGCACGUCGAUGACAGAGGUAUUACAAAUCGGUAACGUCGAGGCUGGUGGAUCGCAGAAGAUGGCCACUACGUGGCAUCAACAGGUUUUCGCGCUCGACGCGAAGUACAACACACUGCGGGCGAAUAAGCUCUCCAGUCUGGGCAUGCUGUACAUUCGCCGAAGGAAUCAGCUGCUUCGGGAGAAGUUUUCUACGGAUCCGGAGAUCGGCGCGCGAUACUUGAAACUGCGAUCGGAGCUGUUGCGGCAGCGUUACGGGGAGAGGCUGGAGCAGAACAGCGUGGGGAGUCACACGAUAAGCGAGGAAUCGUCAGAGAACAGGGCGAGGCAUCAGCGAGUGCAACGAAGAUCGACAGCGGAGAACUUUGCGUUCGCCGGGGUUCAUCAUGUUUUCGAUCAGCACAAAGCAGCUGUAACGAUGCUCAAGUUUGCCAACAACGACAGGUCCAAGUUGUGUUGCGCGUCGCUGGACGGUACCCUGUCCAUAUGCGAGGUCGUCAGCACACCUCCGAAGGUGAUCGUUCUCCUGGAGGGUCAUCGUAAUGGCGUGACCGCGUUCGAUUGGAGUAGCAGCAACGAUCUGAUUGUUUCCUCCUCCUUGGACGCGACGAUAAGGCUGUGGAGAGUAUGCGCGGAUGCAGAGCCGGCUUGUCUGCGAGUGGUGGACGAUCAGCAGCGGGCGGAGGUCCUGUGCUGCAAUUUCAUCCCCGCGAAUAAUAAUUUGAUAGUAGCCGGCAAUUCUCAAGGAUUGAUCCAGAUCUUGAAUGUAUCUACCGGUAUAUAUAUGCGCGGCGGUUCCUGCAAAAUUGGCGGAAAGAUUCUUUCCCUGGCGUGCGAGGGUAGCGGUGGUUCGAUAAUCUGGGCGGGCAACGACAGAGGCGUUAUAGUGGCUUUCCGACUGGAACCCGGCAUAGGACGGUUGACGAAGCUGCAGAGAGUGCAGGAGACCGGCGGAAUGAUAACCAGUCUCUCCUGGCGUUCUUGGCUGUCGAAGGAUUCUCCUUGGGCUGCGCUGUUAGUGAGCAGCGCGUGCAACGCCGUGCUAUUAUACCGCGUCGCGGACAAUCACGGUUCUUUGUACUUCUGGAGAAAGUAUCCUGUCAAGCAUAGGCUUUACCCCUUGAAGUCUACUUUCUGUCCGCAAAUGGGCGCGUGCUUAAUAGCUACGGGAUCGGAAGAUGGUGCCGUUCAUUUAUUGGAUUCAGCGAGAGAGGGAAAGGCCGCUAGGAUCAAUCGACUGCACGGCCAUGCGACACCCGCAUUAGCUCUGUCCUUUAAUUACGACGAAUCUUUACUCGCAUCCGCAGAUCACGACGGGUUGAUUAUCCUGUGGCGUAAUCAUCAACGUAAUUUAUAAACUAUUCUGCGGAAUCUUUAUCAAACUAAAAGAAAUGGCUCGCAUACAGCUUCUUCGGACUUUAAGGCAAAUUAUAAAAAUAUUACGACAUAUCUCCGUGUAAAUAACGCGAUGUAUAAAUGUGUAGAUUUAUCUGGGAGAUUAAGAGAUCAAAGUUUUAGUAUUAUUAUAUACAUUUGUACGAUAAAACGCCUAUGUUAUAAAAAUAAAGGUAUUGUAUAUAGAGAAUUAGGAUAUUUAAAGAUGGUUUGGAAUCUGAAUGGAAUAAACUGUCUCUUUUUCUGUAUAACAAUA